AUGGCAGAACCCGUGGCUAAAUAUGAUCCAGACCCCGCCCACCUCUGCCUAGGUCCCUCGCCCUCUCGCACCCGCGCCCACCGCCGCCGCACCACCCGAGCCAAGCGCACCAGCCCCUUCUCCCUCGCCAGCCUUGGUCUCGUCGCGCUGAUCCUCGUCAGCCUCCUGGCUCCAGCCGUCGUCUCUCGGCACAUCGACACCGCCGCGCCCGCAGCCUCUGGCCCGCUCAAUCUCCGCAGCAGCAGCAACAGCCAUCACCACAAACACCAAGAUGAUCGACAGAUAGAUGCACGCUCCACGGACGGACCCGCGGGUCUCUCCUCGCAUUUGAACGAACUCUUGAGCGAUUCCUUCGCCGCAUCCCAAGACGGCCACUUUGACCUCGCCUCGAUCGAGCGGCUCCUCGAGGGCCUCAGCGAUGCCCGCGCACAGGCGGGCCACACGCCGACGGUGCCGACACCCUCUGGACACGGCCAGGCGUCGCUCACCAAGCGCGCCGAGGCCGCCAGCGACACGUGCCACUGCGGCGAGUCGGAGCUCUCGGCCGGCCAGAAGGCCGCCUACGGCAUCCUCGUCCCCAUCCUCGUCGUUCUCUCGGGCCUCUUUGCCGGCCUCACGCUCGGCUACAUGUCGCUCGACGAGACGCAGCUGCAGGUGCUCUCGCUCCAGGGCACCCCCGAGCAGAAGCGCUACGCUGAAAAGAUCAUGCCCAUCCGCAAGGACGGCCACCUGCUCCUCACGACGCUCCUCAUCGCCAACAUGAUCACCAACGAGACGCUGCCCAUCAUCGCCGACCCGCUCCUCGGCGGCGGCGUGCAGGCCGUCAUUGUCAGCAUCGUGCUCGUCGUCAUCUUUGCCGAGCUCAUCCCGCAGUCGGUCUGCUCGCGCUACGGCCUCGCCAUCGGCGCAAAGAUGGCUGUUGUCACCCGCUUCGUCCUCAUCCUCCUCUGGCCCAUCGCCUACCCCGUCUCGCGCGUGCUCCACUGGACCCUGGGCCCGCACCACGGCAUCGUCUACCGCAGGGCCGAGCUCAAGGAGCUCGUCAACAUGCAUGCCGCCACCGGCGGGCGCGGCGACCUCAACACCGACACGGUCACCAUCGUCGGCGGCGCCCUCGACCUGCAGGAAAAGGUCGUCAAGCAGGCCAUGACGCCCAUCGACAAGGUGUUCAUGAUCCCGCUCGAAGCCAAGCUCGACUACCACAUGCUGCAGGAGAUUGUCGGCUCCGGCCACUCGCGCAUCCCCGUCUACCACGAGAUCGAGAUCCCCGUCGGCAGGAUGCGCAGCGGCACCGCCACGCCCUCAAAGGGCGGCGGUGGCGGCUUCCUCAGCACCCUCAGCCGCAAGACGAGCUCCGGCACCGCCAUCAACCCCAACGCCAGCGGCAACGACGACCUCAAGUCGUCGGUCGACACUGGCGACGCCACCAUCGCCAGCGGCAACGGCGGCGACACGAUCAUGACGACCAUCAAGAAGAAGAAGAUCAUCGGCACGCUGCUGGUCAAGCAGUGCGUGCUGCUCGAUCCCGAGGACAGCGUGCCCGUCAAGGACAUGGUCAUCAACGCCGUCCCGACGGUGCCUGCCGACGAGCCCCUGCUCAACCUGCUCAACGUCUUCCAAGAGGGUCGCUCCCACCUCGCCAUCGUCUCGUCUCGCACGCGUCGCGGAUCGCCCGGCUCGUUCCUCAGCCUCGGCAACAACGACGCCGGCGCUCCGGCCAAGGCCGGCGUCACUCGCACCGCCACCGCCGCGCGCAUCGACGACCUCGGCCCCAUUGACGAGGAGAAGCAGCUCAGCCGCUCCGAGAUCAAGGGCAGCCGCUGGUCGCGCCACCUCCGCCGCGCGCUCCACCGCGACGAGGAGCACGUCGCACCCGAGCUGGCCGAUGGCUCGAUCGACGUCACCCACGUCGCCUCCGAGAUGGCGCAGCGCGACGUGCCCAUCGGCAUCAUCACGCUCGAGGACGUGCUCGAGGAGCUCAUCGGCGAGGAGAUCCUCGACGAGUACGACUCCGAGGUCGAGCAGAAUUUCGCCAAGAUCAGCCCGCCCCCCAGCCCGGACCAGAAGCCCGCUCAGCCUUCCGAGGCGACGGUGCACAAGGUCAAGGAGGACGACUUUGUGCUGCCCUCGCCGUCGGUGCGGAGCCCGGCGCCCAAGGCGUCUGGCGGCGUGCUCCAGCGCCUCAAGCUGAGCCGCAACAACAGCGUCAAGGAGGCGCCCGCCCCGACCCCGACCUUCUUUGACGACGUGCCCAAGGAGUCGCCCGUCGAGGAGGUGCCUGUCGCUGCUGGCUUGCCCUCGGACGCUACGACAGCCGCCCAGGACGCCAAGGCCGACAGCGCCGACGCUGCCGGGGCUGUGUCCGCUGCCGACCCCGUUCAAAAGGUGCGCAUCGGCGAGCAGACGGUGAUCAACGACGACAGGCCUUCGGCGCGCUCGUCGAUGACGUCGACACUCGGCCGCAAGGAGGUCGAGGGCGGCAACGGAGGCGGCGCGGGUCGGAUGGCCAAGCCCGUCAUUAUCCGCCACCAGCCCCCCGGCGGAACGCCGUCGACGGCCAUUGUCAGCGAGGCGCUGCUGCGUGGUCGCGGCUCUGGCGUGGAUGGCCAGGAGCGCAGCCGGAGCGCGACGCCUUCGGGCCAGUCGAGGGCCAAGAUCUUCAAGAGCUCGCCCAUUGUCGCGCCCGGUGCUGCUGCCAGCGGCCCGCCGCGGAGGCAGAGAGGCAUGAGCCGCGACGCCAGCUCGGGCCGUCGAGGCACGCUGCUGGCGCAGGAGUCGACGUCGGCCUCGGCCCCCUCGACGCCCGUUGUCGACUCGAGGCCGGACGAGGACGAGGCCGACGACGAGGGUGAUGAGAAGAAGGCCGGCGAGUGA